AUGGUCAAGCGAGCCAAGCGGUGCGUUCAAUAUCCAAAAGUCUCGGCACUCUGCGAUUGUGGAGAUUUCCGCUCAGAAUCCUCUGUCAUUCCGCGGCGUUUAUUGGCUGUCAAUGAUGCCAUUACGCCAAAGGAUGCGUUCUGCAACUUGAACCCUUGCGCCCGAGAGUUCUGCUCAACUUCUUUCAACUACAAACUAUCGCGACUUUUCAUCACAAGUCGUUGGUUCCUUCUCUUCUUCCCCUUUGACUAUCUGAUUCUCUCUCUCUUAAUACCACCACCCAACCACCUUGCUUCCCGCCCACAUGCCGAGACUAAAACCAAUGCAUCUCUUAUCUUUUCCUGUGGGAUUCGGAUCGGCUAUCUCAACCAAUUAGUGGGGAGCUCGGCACUCUUGUCCACCUCAACCCUUAGUUCCCCCAAAGUUGCGUUGGUGCGGUAUUUUUACGUUCCAUUAUUGAUUCGAGGUUCCCAGGUUUCCGACUGGCAAAGACAGAAACUUUCCCGCUCAAAUCCACACAACCUCCAGCAAUUUACCGAGUACUCCAUGAUUAAGGAACGCGUCAAGCGGCGCAAGGCAGUCUCCCCCAGUUUCUUACUACUCAUGGUCGUAAAUUAUCCCGCCCAGUUACACAACUUGAUCUCGGGCGAGCUUACGCUACCUUGGCAGAAUGUACAGAUACUGCUCGAUGUUACGGAUAUGACUUCAAUCUAUGACUCUUCCGGAGGGAGCCGGCAAACUGCAAGUCUACAUACACCAACAUCCCUGACAUCCCUGACAUCCUCGUCUUGUCCCAUGAUCCCCAUCUGCCAUGUUCAUCCCAAGGGCGCGAAGAGACGAAUCAGGGCGCCAACGACAUGGCUACGGCUCCAAGAGAACGGGGCCGUUGUAGACGGCAUGGGUUUGUUUGCCCCGCCAAACAACUUGGAAUUCGGCCGCUAUAGCUUCUCGUCCCUAUCUUCCCGCCUGCACCGCACCGCCUCCACUGAUAACGUCCAACACCCAAUGACUCGGAUCCUCCAGACAGACGACACUCGCCCUUGUGCGAUGUCAGUCUGCAUGGCAGCCACAUGGGAAGAAAAGCAAAAGGCGCGGGAAAGUCUCCGAUGGAGCCCUGACUUGCCGAACAUUGUUCCAGUAUCAGCUACCCUUGAGGUUGUAUCUAUCGUAGUUCGAAGUGCCACUUGUAGUGUAAGCGGUCCGACACCGCCAAGUUCUAACCGGUCGUCAUCCGAUGACCAAUAUUGUAAUGUUCAUGGAUCGGGCACCGAUGUGACCGGCGUCUUACUCGUCACCGGCGUACUAUCAUCGACACCUGCGCCUGACUAUAAAGAGCUGCGGGCGCAUCUUGGACAAGGAGAGAAGGGAUUCCAGAGACUCAUCCUCACGCCAAGCUUACCCCGGAUUCCCUCUGACUGGCCUUCUCCAUUUACAAUGGCUCGGUGGUUCCUAUCUUUCGUUGCUGGAAGCGCCCUUGCGGCGGCUUCUGGCCUUCCUAUGAAGCUCGAGACACGGAGCGCAGUCACCUCCCGCGUGUCCAACAUUCACAUCACUCUUGAGCAGCCCAUCGAAGAGACCGUCACAUUCACCUAUGGUUCAUGUCGAGGUGCCUCCAUGGGCGAUGCCCACCACACCAUCGUCAAGUCAGAGGUGCGCGACUCUCAGCGCCUCGUCUGGGUUCUCCCUGAAGAUGCUGCCACCGAUGGUUGCAUCUCCGCGUGGAGUAUCUCCGGCGAGUUGAAGGGCAGAAGUGAGCCCCAGACUCUGCACCACAAGUGGAAGCGCCGGGCUCUGAAGAGAUCUAUUGAGAUGAACAACGGCACCGGCAUUGACACGCUCGGAGCCUGGUUUGAGGGCGUCAACCUCCUCAAGGACAAGGAGCCCACCACGGUGGAUGUCGACGCUGCCAAGUCCAAGCACGUCGCCAUCGUCGGCGCUGGUAUGGCUGGUCUGAUGAGCUACCUCGUUCUCUCACAAGCCGGCAUGACCAACAUCAGCAUCAUUGAGGCUGGCCAGCGUCUGGGAGGCCGUGUUCACACCGAGUACCUCAGUGGUGGUCCUUUCGACUACUCCUAUCAGGAGAUGGGUCCCAUGCGCUUCCCCGAGCACUAUGUUGAUCCCAAGACCAACACCACUUACAACAUCACUGACCACCAGCUCGUCUUUCAGCUUGCUGCAGAGAUGAACGAGCUCAACAAGCACGACAAGAACCUCAGCGUCGACUUCAUCCCCUGGAUCCAGAGCAACCAGAACGGUCUCUCUUAUAAGAACGGCAUCAAGCUUCCCAACGGUCUGCCCCCUACUUUGGCUCAGAUCGCCGCCAACUCUUCGCUGGCUGUCGCCACGGUCUACGAUGAGUCUACCAACACCCUCAAUGAGAAAAUCGACGAGUAUCUUCCUGGUAGCGACUUCUCUGUCCGUAUGGCUCAAAACAUGUUCAAGGCCCACCGCGAAUUCCUCGACUCUGGUCUUCAGGGCCUUGGUGGCGAUGUCUGGUCCGAGUAUGCCUUCAUGGUGAACUACCUGAAGGGCUCCCUUAACUCGACGGAUGCCCUGGGCAGCUACACCGCCACCUCAUUCUGGGACACUCUCUACGAGGGCAUGUACUUCCAGGCUGCUUCCUACAAGACCAUCGACGGCGGUCUCAGCCGUCUCCCGCUGGCUUUCCACCCUCUCGUUGACGACAUCACCACCAUGGACCGCAAGAUUGAGCGCGUGCAGUUCGACUCGGAGAACUCCAAGGUCAACCUUCAAUGGCGCGAGUCCUUCAAGAACCAGACUUUUGAGACCUCUGAGUAUGACUACGCCCUGCUGGCUGUCCCCUUUUCCAUCAUCCGCAAGUGGCGCUUCCCGUCCCUGCCUUUGACCAUCUCCAACGCCAUCAAUGAGCUCCCUUACACCAGCGCCUGCAAGGUCGCCCUCGAGUUCUCUGAGCGCUUUUGGGAGCACUACGAAAACCCCAUCGUCGGCGGUUGCAGCACCACCUCUGACAUUGCUGGUAUCGGUUCCACGUGCUACCCGUCGUACAACAUCAACGGCACCGGAAAGGCCACCAUGUUGGCCUCGUACAUCUCGGGCGACUGGGGCCACCGCUGGGCUUCCGUCUCGGAGGAGGAGCACGUCCAGUAUGUUCUUGACGCCAUGGUUGAGAUCCACGGCGAGAACACCCGUGAGCUGUACACGGGCAAGUAUAAUCGUCGCUGCUGGGUUCUCGACCCUCUCGAGAGUGGCAGCUGGGUCAGCCCCGUUGCUGGCCAACAUCAACUUUACAUCCCCGAGUACUUCAAGACGUACGAUAACAUGAUCUUCAUUGGCGAGCACACCCCCUACACCCACGCUUGGAUCGCCUCUGCUCUCGACUCUGGAAUCCGUGGUUCUGUCCAGUUGCUGCUCGAGCUUGGUCUGGUUGACGAGGCCAAGGCAGCUGUCAACAAGUGGAUGGCUCGAUGGAUCGAUAUCAAUCGGUGGAAACCCAAAAGCAAAGGGUUCAGGAAGAGUCGAUUUGUCGCCAAGAAAUGGCAAGCCACCAUCUGCAUCGUGUCUGCAUUUGACCGCAGGCGUCGAGGAAUAGAACCACCAACGAUCCAUAUUCGCAAGGAUCCCCACAACAUAAGAGACGACAACCCACAUGGCCGUACCCCCUGUCGAAUGCAGCAUGCAGCCGAGCGUAUCAAGGUAGAUUUUGGGCUCAGCCUUGCAGAUAUGGUCAUCGUUCGACACCGCGUCGCACGGUUGGUUGGGACAGGGGUUCGGCCAGACCCGGGACACGAUGGUUCGGCAUCUGCUGACAAUGCCGCACUUCUGCAGCGCCAGGCUGAUCCUCUAACAAAGUUCUCAAGUUGCACUAGCAGUGGCCUGUUUGGUAUCUAG